UGUUUUGUUCGUAAAUGGUUAAAACUGUAUAUAAUUUUGUUUUCAUAUUAAUCAUGGGGAAGUUUGUUGAUAUCACGUGACGAAGUUGGCAAGGUUUUUGUUUCGACAUGACUUUGGAUGGGAAAGCAGAAAUUCUUUCAGUAACAAAAUUUAGCAUCUUGAAGGAAUGAACAUGUGAAAACAGAAGCUGGGUAUGGCUUUUCCUCUGGCUGCCAUUAUCAGCAUUGCUAUUGGUCUCUAUGUCUUGAUAAUGGUUGCAGUUGUGCUAAUUUAUUAUUGCAUGAGGGACCGCAUUCAGUGUUGUGGCUCACAGUGCUGUGUGAAGUCUGAGGGAUCUCAGCCCUGCUGUGUUGCUUUGUCUGAGAGUUGCAAUUGCUGUGAGAGCCCAUCUCUCAAAUCUUGCCUUAAGUCCUGCUGUCCAAACAGAAAGCAUAUUACCUGUGUUGACAUCCUGAUGUGCCAGUGCUGUGCGUCAGAAGGACCAUCAUUCUGGGAGCUGGUGAAAAAGAAGCAGAUAAGCUCAUGUACAAAGAAAAAAUGCUAUGACUAUGGAAAUCAACCUCCACCCAAGCCAUAAUCUAUAGGGUUCUGAUUGAAAAAAAAACCAUGUAUAUGUUGCAAGAAAGUUGACUCUGAGACCUGCAACUGCAUGUGCUUUGAGAUCCGUCUGGUGAACACCCCACCACACCCCAGCAGAGAGCGUGCUGGUUUUUUUCCAGUCCAUCAAUCAAGUAAUGCCAAGUCUCCUGGAUUGCCUAUGGAUCAAACAUUUCAUCAACAGUCCCUACCAGCCAAGAGUGUGUUCCAUGAACAUGACAGGAUGCUGAGCCUUGAACGGCCAAGAACAUCAAGGGACUGGAUGCGACCCGCUACUCACAUGCCUGCAGAUACCUUUGUUGCUUCAUACCCCCUUCAACAUGAGGGUCAAAGAAAUCCUAGGGUGCACUCUUCCAUAAGUCCAUAUAACGAAAUGACAUCUUACAGGCAAACUGGCACAGGGUCACAGCAUGGUCAGUUACCUAGGAACAUGACAAUGUCACCAAGAUUUCUCUCAUUAGCGAUGACCACAUCAGACAGAGUGGAAGAACCAGUAAGCUUCAUGUCAUUUUCAGCUGAGAGGGUAAAAAGAUCAAAGAAAAGUGUGCUUACCAAGAAUCUGCCAAUGUGAAUGUGUUUUGGCUUGCAGAACAAAAGUGCAGGUUAGUGUGCAAAUAAAAGUAAUAUAAUCCAAGUAUGAAUUAUGGUUAUAGGUUUAAAAUAUCUGAUCAUUUGUAUUUCUGCAUAUUUGUCAUGCUAAAGCUUCACUGCCAAACUGCCAUCAACAAGGAGAUUCAACUGUUUUCUGAAGUUUCUUUUGCAGAAAAUAAAUUUUAUAAUUAUAUGUUGAUAAAUGGAGUUAAAAUAAACUUUGCACAAACUUUUAA